AUGCACACCAAAACAGACUCAGAAGUCACAAGCCUUGUCCUCUCCACUCCACCCCAUUCUCCUCCUCCUUCUCACCACCAUCCCCCCUACUUUGUCCUCAGCCCUUCUCACCCUGACAUUGAUAAACUCUCUCUCCCUGCUUCCUCUCCACCCACUUCCCCACCCCAUCACCAUCACCACCGUUUUGCCAUCUCUUCCUCUCCAAUCCUUGACCACUCACGUGAGUCCAGCUCCACCACUCGCUUCUCCGCCUCACUCAAACACAUAUCUGCUGCUCCUCAUUGGCACAAACUCCCACAUUUCUCUCCUCACUACCCUUCUUCAUCUUCUUCCCAUUCUCAUCUUAAUGAUGCCGGUGAUGAUGGUGAUUAUUAUGACUCUCCUUUGCCGGCCAAAUGUUAUGUUCUUCUCUUCAUUCUUGGCUUUGUCUUCCUUUUCUCUCUCUUCUCCCUCAUUCUUUGGGCAGCUAGCCAGCCUUACAAGCCCCGCAUUUCCAUCAAGAGUGUUGUGAUAGAAAGCUACAAAGUGCAGGCCGGGGUGGACUUAACAGGCGUACCAACAAAAAUGUUGUCCAUUAAAUCAACGGUCAAGAUUUCGUUUCACAACCCUGCUACCUUCUUCGGCGUCCACGUGUCCUCCACCCCUCUACAACUUUACUAUUAUGACCUCAAGAUUGCCUCCGGCCAAAUGGAAGAGUUCUAUGAAUCAAGGAAAAGUGGGCGGGUGGUGACCGUGGCAGUGAAAGGGAUGCAAGUGCCGUUGUACGGCGGUGGGUCGACACUGAGCAGCCGAGGGGGAGGUGAGGCAUUGGUGGAGGUGCCGCUCAAUUUGACGCUGGUGGUGCGCGCAAGAGCUAAUGUUCUUGGGGAGUUAGUUAAGAGCAAGUUUUAUCGCCAUGUUUGGUGCUCAUUUGUGCUUAAAGAGACUCGUCUUGGCAAACCUUUACAUUAUGUUUGCCGGUACCAUGACUGAUGGAGAACUAAAGCACUUGGAGUAAUGCUUUUGUUACUUUUGAUUGUUAUUAUUAUUGUUUAGUAGUGGGUUUUGAUGUUAUUUUAAUGAAGGUACUGUAGUGGGGAAGUUGUAUAUGGAAUCCGUGUG